UAAUUUUAAAAAAUAUUUAAAACCUAUAUUAAUUUUUUAAAAUUUAUAUUUAAAUUAACAAUUUUAUUUUAUUUCAAUUAUUAACAAUGAAAGUAUUAUAUAUUUUAUUAGGUUUAUUAUUAACCUUCACUAUUGCCAAUGCCCGUUUAGGCGAAAAGAGCAACCAUAAUGAACCAGCUCGUUAUGAUCCAUACCCAAAUCACCAUCCAUUGCAAUGUGGUCCAGAAAGUUGUAACUAUGGUGAGGUUUGCCAUAUUGCUCAUGAUGAUUGUAUCUGUUUACCACAUCCAAAGCCACAUCCACACCCACAUAAACCAAGACCAACCAGAGAUCCACAACCAACCAUUGUAUCAGCUGCUGGAACUGUCUAUUUAACUUCAAGACUCAUUGGUAGAUGGACCGAUGGUUCAAGAGGUGGUAAAACUUUUUCACAAUAUGAUAUCACAAUUCACAAUGAUGGUAACAGAAAUAUCAAAGAAAUUUACAUUUCAACUGAUUCCACCUUCAAAUUACGUGACAACAGUGAUGCCUCCCUUUGGAAUAUGGUCAGAUUAAACAACGGUAUCUUAGGUCUUCCAUCAUACCAAAAUUCAAUUAAUGCCCAUGCUACUUAUGUUUUCGGUUUUAUUUUAGAAGGUGUAAUUCCAGCCAACCUUAACAUCCUUAAAAUUAUCUACCAAUAAAUUUCUAAAUAAAGGUCAUCCUAUUUAAUAUUUUAAAAU